GAGAGGAGAAGGGGCCCUUGCUGUUGCUGCUCCGGGCUUUGGAUCCGGAGGCUGCUGUUGUCCGCUCAAGGCUGACUUCCCCCACAUGAAGCACCUGCGGCGUGGUGACAGAGGUCUAGAGGAAGGUACAGACAAAGCCAGCACACCCUCCCUGGCUGCACUUGGCCUCAGGCCGGACGUUUAGAGGCCGCUCAGUUGCUAAGCAGCUACCAGGGCGCUGGAGGCGGAACAGGAGAUGGACCAGUACUGCAUCCUAGGCCGGAUUGGGGAGGGUGCACAUGGCAUUGUCUUCAAGGCCAAGCACGUGGAGACUGGAGAGAUCGUUGCCCUCAAGAAGGUGGCCCUGCGGCGGCUGGAGGAAGGCAUCCCCAACCAGGCCCUGCGGGAGAUCAAGGCUCUGCAGGAGAUCGGGGACAAUCAGCAUGUUGUGCAGUUGAAGGCUGUAUUCCCGCAUGGGGCAGGCUUUGUGCUGGCCUUUGAGUUCAUGCUGUCAGAUCUGGCUGAGGUGGUGCGCCACGCCCAGAGGCCGCUGGCCCAGGCACAGGUCAAGAGCUACCUGCAGAUGCUACUUAAAGGUGUCUCCUUCUGCCAUGCCAAUAACAUCGUGCAUCGGGACCUGAAACCGGCCAACCUGCUCAUCAGUUCCUCAGGCCAGCUGAAAAUAGCAGAUUUUGGCCUGGCCCGGGUCUUCUCCCCUGAUGGCAGCCGCCUCUACACACACCAGGUGGCCACCAGGUGGUACCGAGCCCCUGAGCUCCUGUAUGGUGCGCGCCAAUAUGACCAGGGGGUUGACCUGUGGGCCGUGGGCUGUAUCCUGGGGGAACUGUUGAAUGGGUCCCCACUUUUCCCUGGGGAGAAUGACAUCGAACAGCUCUGCUGUGUACUUCGCAUCUUGGGCACCCCUAGCCCUCAAGUCUGGCCGGAGAUCACGGAGCUGCCCGACUACAACAAGAUCUCCUUCAAGGAACAGUCUCCUGUGCCCUUGGGGGAAGUGCUGCCGGAUGCCUCUCCCCAGGCAUUGGACCUUCUGGGGCACUUCCUCCUCUAUCCUCCAUACCAACGCAUUGCAGCCUCCCAGGCCCUCCUGCACCAAUACUUCUUCACAGCUCCCCUGCCUGCCCACCCUUCGGAGCUGCCAAUUCCCCAGCGCCCAGGGGGACUGGCCCCCAAGGCCCACCCGGGGCCUCCCAAUGUCCACAACUUUCACAUGGACCGUCCCCUUGAGGAAUUGCUGUUGAACCCAGAGCUGAUUCGGCGCUUCAUCCCGGAGGGCUGAGAUGUGGGGCCAGACCCCACCAGCCUGUGUUCCAGGGCCACACUCCAGACUGACUCUACCUCCUAUGGCCACACUAUAACCACACUGGGCUCACUCCAUAGCUGGCCCUACCCGGGUCAGGCGAAGAGGAUGUCCAGCCCCAGCAGAGAAGGAGACCUGCAGCUGUGCCCUUGGCCUCCAUGUGUUGCUGACUUACCCAUCAGAAAGAGACAGUGAGCCCUCUACCAUGCCCGCCAUGGUGCUGCUUCUCCGGGUGCUGCUCUUCUGGUCAGGGAUGGUCCUGGUAGAGCCAUCUGUGAGAACACAGAGUAAGAUGUCAAUUCCAAAACCCAAGUGUGGAGGGAGGUUUAGUUUGCUUUUGUUCUCAGAGAUAUUAAAUACUAGUUCAUUUUUGAGAUUUAUGAUUAAAAACACCACAUAGUUCUGCCUGGGUUCUGCCCCUCUUCCAUUCCUUUCAAGGGAAGUGGCUGAGGUGUCGUCAUCUUCUGGUCCUCACUUCUGUCGUCACAGGGAAAGUGGCCCCAUUCAUGGCUACUCUAGUCUUAGGGGCUCCCUAGGAGCCUUAUAUGAUGGAGCUCCGACUUAGAGGUGAGGUGGCAGAAGUCAAGGACAAGGAUGACUAAGGUUAUGAAACAAAUACUUUAAUCUGGUUUACAGACACCUCCGCCAUUUGGAGGAGGGUGAGCCAGGACCAGGUGUGCCAUCUUUUUACUAAGAGAUAUCAAAAAAAAAUUAAGACAUAGGCAUUCCUGAAAUUCAUUUGUUAAUUUAGUAAAUACCAAUACAAUUCCAUCUGGCUCUUGUUUUUCUUAUUUAAUAAUUUGAUAGGAAUAUUGUGAAAUAUACAUGGAAAUGAAAGGGUUGAGAAGAGGAAGCAGAGACAGAAGAGUAGAAAAAUGAUGAAAGGACUUAACUUUUCAGAUACUAAGACUUGUCAUUAGUGCUGUAAUGCUGAGGCAGUGGCGUUGGUUCAGGGAUAAAUAAAGACAGACUAGAGGAGUUCUUAGUAAUCUUUUAUUCUUAAAAUAGUCAUUACAUGCUUCAUGUGAAUAAACUUUGUAAGCACUGAGGACAGAGGUGACUGACACUGCCAUAGUCCUUGCUUUUAGAAGGAAUACAAAACAAAAUAAACCCCAGUUCCUUUC